AUUGAUAGAAUUUAAAAAAUAUAAAGCUUAUUUGAUCUACGCUUUGACUAUAUACUGGAGUUAAUGCUCGAUAACUCCUGAACCAGUGGAUUUCUUUUCUUAAAAUUUACAUUUUUGAAUUUAGAAUUCUGCUAUGUAAAAAGAUCCUCAAAGUAAACGUCGCAUUCAUUAAUGCAUGCGUUUAUCCUUUUGAGACAGCGUUCCCUAUUUAUUAAUAGACAAGGGAAUGUUUUCACUACGCAUCAUUCUUCAAUAUAACAUUCCCAGCUAGUUUGUUACAGCGUACAAAUAAUUUACAAGUCCCAUUUUACUAAGCGUAGAUCAAUGAUGACACGCAAGGAUUAUAAUUGAGCAUGAUUCACAGGACACCGAAUGGUUGUCAUGACAGCGAAUUGUAAACUUUUUCUAUAGAUACACAUGUAUUGUAGUUUGUGUAUCAAGAAAUCCUUUGAUGAGAGAAUAAGAUAUAAGCAUGGCCAUGAAUAACAAUAUAGACACAAUUUUGAGCGAGUUAGGGUGGAAUGAUGGAUUUCGAAUACCAAUAGCGAAUGAGGAGAACCGAAAACUGGAGGAAGAAGUAAUAGUCACUCGUAUUGAUUUGGUUUUCCUUUGAAAUUAUUGAGAGGAAAAUGAAGCUGAAAAAGAGUUUAAGUGCAAAACUGGAGUCUACGGAAGAACGACUGAGAAUGAUGAAGAACCGUAUUUCGAAUUUGAAAGUGGAGCGAGAUAUAAAUCAGAAACUCUUAACUACUCAUUCGACUCAACUUGAAACAGAGAAUCAUCAUUAUAGACUCAGUUGCAACACCGAAACGAGCCUACGUCGAGAGGCGCAAGAUUUCCAAAAGGAAUGGAAGAAAGUUAACGAGGCAGUAUCUGGGGUCAUGAAAGAAUUGGAGAAACUGACUAAAAAGAUAGAAUCCUCUAAAAAAGUGGUUGAAUACGACGAACAGAGUCUACGCGAGUUGGAGGAAAAGUUAAACCAAAACGAGAACAAUAAUCAAUUGAUCGAGCAAUACAUGAAAGAGGAUGCGAAGGAGUAUAAGGAACUGGAGCUACGAAGACAGAAACUUAGCACAGAGUUGCAGACUUAUCAAGAGGCAAUUAUUAAGAGAACUAACGAAGCGAAAGAAAUGGAAAUUAUCCUUGAUAGAACGAGUAGAUUGUACGACCAAGCAUUAGCAGAUUAUCGACAAAUGUUCAAUCAAUGGAAGGAGAGCGUAAUCAUGUUGCAGCAAAGAAAUAAUGAUAUCAAAAGUGUUCUUCGAAAUACUGAAACAUUGCGAGAGACUUUAGAAAAUGAGAAAAGCGUACUGGAGGAAUCAGAAAACUUUUUAAAGGAGCAAACCGAGAAUAACAAACAAGCGGAACAAUCGAUUAAAGUGUUGGAGAAGAAGCUUUUCGACAUGAGAGAGGAACAAUGCAAACUGAAGGAAACGUUUGAUGUGUACGAAAACCAGCUUGCGAUACAGAAGAACGUUGCAAAAGAGUUGACUGAACGUGUGGAACAAGUGCGAGUUGACACAAAACGGAAAGAGACAGAAACACGGAUCAAGUAUGCGAAAAUAGAGAAGCUAGAGAAACAAGUGAUCGAAUUAACUGGAAAGUUGGAAGCCAUCGAUAGUCAAAAGUUGAAUAUCGAAGAGAAGGCGAAGGAACUGGAAAGCAUAAUUGAGGAACACGAGAAGAAGAAAGUAGCGUUGAUCAAGGAAGUCAAUCAACUCCAAGCUGCGAACUUACAUAUCACAAAUGAAGCAAAGCAACUAGAGAACGAGAGCAAAGUUUUGAAGACGCAGUACGAAAACGAAUGUAAAAAGUCGGAACAUUUGGAUAAAUUGUACGCCAAGCAUGAGAAAGAGUUGGAGGAAAAGAAACAACGAUUGUACCAAGUGGAAUUCGAGGUGCAAAAGGCUGAAAUGAAAUUGGACAGAUUGAGAGGGCACGAGCAGGACAAGGGUGAAGCAGAAAGGAAACAGCAAAAGAUAGAGGAGCUGCAGAGCACUUUAAACGAAAAAAUGGACAUGUCAAAGUUAUUGCAAAAACAAAUUGCAAGCUUAGAGUACGACAUGAGAAAAAUAUCGAACAGCAUGGCAAGCAACAAGAAUCAAUUAGAGUAUUUAAGAAACAAAAGGCAAGAUCUAGUUCUUCUCAUGGAUGCAGGAGAGAAACGACUCAAGUCUGCCCAAAAUCGUUUCGAAGAGAAACAAGUGGAAGAAAGUAUCUUACGACUCAAGGUUUCGCAGAUGGAAAAGAUGGUUUCUAAUCUUGGGGAUAAUGUUUAUGAUUUGAAAAGAUAUCGGCUAGAAUUGGAAGCUGCGAUACGGGAACGCAAGGCUGAGAUCUCCGUGCAGAAGGAUUCCCUUGUAGUUCAGAAAAGGGUUGCUGCCAACGAAUGCUCGGAGUUAAGAAACGCUAUUUCGGAAAGGAAAAUACGAAUCAAACAAUUGCAGACAAGAUACGAAAACGGGGCAGCUAUAUUAGGCACCAAAGAGGACGGCACGCCCAUAAAUACGACCCAUUUGAAGAUCCAGAAUGCGCAGGAGAGGUACCUUUUGCAAGAACAAGGUGACAAACUGGAUGAAACGAUCAGGAAAGCGGAGCACGAGAUACAAGCCAUGGAAAAUACGCUACGGUUGAUAAAUGUCUGCAACGACAAAUACAAGACGACAUUAACAGAGGAUGAACAAGAUAAAGAUAAAGUAGAAGAACACAGGAAAUUGGACCGAGAGCUACAGAAUGCGAGACAGAGUCUAAAAGAAAAACAGGAUGAAUUCCGAUCCUUAACGAACGAUUUACAGAGAAUGCAAAACGAUUACGCCCAAAUUCUUAAAGAUAUAGACGAGGCUCGAGAAACGAAAGAAAAUAAAGAUCAAUAUUUAACGGAGCUGAAACAGCAAAUCCACGACCAGGAAGAAAAGAUAUCGAGAGCUGACAAAAAUUUGAGAAACGCUCAGAAAGAUAUUCAACAAAUGUUUUUAACUACGGGAAACGAAACGGUAUUGAUACAAGAGAAAGAAGUAGAACUACGGGAAAUCCAAGAACAAAAUUCCAUCGUCUUGCAAGACAUCGCAGAAUUUACAAUUAAUCACGUGGAAGCUGAAGCUUACAUAAAAAAGCUUCUGGCAGCUAAAAACAUAGAGCUACCUCCCGUUCCGUUACCCGAUCAAUCGCCAACGUCCAGUCAAUGUCCCAGUACUAAACGCUCGGUGGAUCAUUUGCCAAAGACGUAUCGCAAGACCGUCGCGGUAACGUCCAGAGAAAGUAUCGGAAAUAUCGUCAACAUAGAACCUGAAUUUCAAAGUAAGCCCACAAUUACGCGCGAUAGUUUAGUUAAUUGCAACACGCUCGUACGACUUUUACUUUUGUUUCAGCGAUCUCGACGAAGGCUUCGGUGAGAAGUAUCGUCAGACAUGAACAAAAGUCUGUAAAAGUACAGAAAUAACUACAAGUUUUUAAAAAGUUUUUUCAUUUUCAAUGGAAUUCUUAUUAAGACUUUGAUAAAUAGUCGAAGAGUAAAUACUGUUCUUGUGAUACCAAAGAGGAAGUAAAAGUUAACAAUAUCUAGUGGAUGGUAA